AUUUAUUUAGAGUUUCAACUGCCUCGUAGGUAAAUCACAAUGGCUGUUCAAAAAAAACUGGCAACCAUCUUCCUCCUCACGAGUAUUUUCUAUGGACAUGGGUUGUCCACUGACUCAGACGUGGGACUGAAUACAGUUGAAAUAAUAGAAAAGCAUGGCUAUGUGUGUGAAAACCACGACAUAACAACCGAAGAUGGUUACAUCCUCACAUUCCAAAGAAUACCACAUGGUAAAAACAACGAUAAUUCGACUAAAAGACCCGCAGUUUUUCUCAUGCAUGGUCUCACCUCAUCGUCGGCGGAAUCCGUCAAUAUGGGACCCAACAACAGCCUUGGUUUUAUUUUAGCCGAUAUUGGAUAUGAUGUUUGGCUUGGAAACGCUAGAGGCAACGCCUGGUCGCGCAAACACACAACUCUAGAUGUAGAAGCAGAUGCUGAGAAGUUUUUCGAUUUCAGUUGGCAUGAAAUUGGGUACUACGAUUUAGCAGCUGCUAUUGAUUACAUCUUGGAUCUCAACGGGGAUGAUAGUUUGUAUUAUGUAGGAUUCUCUCAAGGUACUACUUCCUUCAUGGCCUUGGCGUCCACUAGGCCAGAAUAUAACAGCAAAAUCAAAGUUGCUUCACUUAUGGGACCUGCCUCGUAUAUGAACCAUCAAAGUGGUACACUUUUAAUAGUACUUUCAAAGUAUGUCAAUGAGUUGGAGAAAAUGUUCAACAAAUACAAAAUUUAUGAAAUACCGUAUCUUAAACAACUUCGGAAAUUUGCUUUAGAUUUUUGUUCGAAUCCCGAUAAUGUUGAUACAUGUGAGAAUGUUAUAGGCCUAAUAGAUGGAGAAGAUAAAACGCAGAUUGACUUCGAAAAAUUUCCUGUAAUUCUAACAAAUGCACCAUCAAAUGCAGCCUUGAAACAGGUUGCUCACUAUGGCCAACUUAUCAAAAACGGUGGAUUUUCUCAGUACGACUUUGGUAAAGAUAAGAACAACGAAAUAUAUGGAACCGACUCACCCCCAGCUUAUGAUCUUUCAAAAAUUUCAGCACCUGUGGCUGUUUAUUAUGGCAAAAAUGACCAACUGGUGCCCUAUUUGGAUGCACAAACUGUAGUUAAGAAACUUGGAAAUGUUGUUAAUGAUUAUUUAGUACCAUACGACCUUUUUGAUCAUUUGGACUUCAUUUUUGCCAAAGAUGUAGUAAAGUUGGUCUAUGUAGAGCUAAUUAAAGUAAUGCAGAACUAUUGAAUAAAUUUUUUUAAUUUGA